AUACAAAGAUUUUUUUUAACUUGGUCAGAGUACAAAGAGAUUGCUGGACAGUCCAUAGUUUUAAUGGGAGGCUCUGGCUGUUACAACCGUAUUCAGAAGGGUAUUGCGGAGAUGGAAGCAAUGUUUGCCAAUAAACGUGGCAGUGAAGUCAAGGCUCUAUUAAAGCUCUGCGAACCGUUCGAUGUGUACAGCGAUUUGGACGUUUGGAAUCUUUUCAGUGAAAUAUCAGAUAUAUUUUCCGGCGUAGUACAGACACAUAACGCGGGACAAAUUGAGGGAGCUUGCCAAAAGAUCAUGGCAGAAAGUUCGGAUCUUGUUGGGCUCAGCAAGUUUUUAUUAAGUGAAUUUGGAGAGAGCACUUCCAAGUGUAAUGACCUCAGCUAUAAUGCAAUGAUUGACACACUCUCAGACACAAGAUAUUCCGGCUCAGUUAGGCGUCAAUGGCUAUUUCAGACAUGUAACGAGUAUGGCUGGUAUCAGACUUCAGGAUCCAACUCUCAACCAUUUGGCACAAAAUUUCCAGUAACUUUUUACACGACCAUGUGCGCUGAUCUCUAUGGCCACCAGUUCAGUAAUUCAUUUAUCGAGGACCGCGUAGCUAAGACAAACGAAUACUUUGGUGGCCUUACACCGAAAGUGGAGAAUGUGUAU